AUGGUCCGCUAUUCAACAUUAUCACUGAUAUCUCUGGCUAUCCUCGCCGCCCCUGCUCCGGUUUUGGGUUGUGAGGGUGAAUGUAUCGUCGGCAUCACCAACGCCUUUCUCAGCAACUACACCAGACCCAUCCAAACGGUCUUCCAGUAUAUGGCGGAUCAGAUCAGCGACAUGAUCCCGGAUUACGCUCGCGCUGAGAACGUGCUCGAAUACCUCGAGCCCAUCCUCGACACCUACAGCCUGAACGCGUACGCAGGGAUGGAAACCGCCAUCUUCCCGCACUAUUUCCACGGGAAGUGCCAGCAGGACGGCGUUGACCCCCCUGGCUGCCCGAACCCGGACUGUCCCGUCGUAUGCGGCACGCCGGGCUCGCUCGUCCACUUCUACCCCACGCUGCGCUUCAUCGCCUUCAACCAGACGCGACAUAUCCUCCGUGACGUCUCGCAGUCUCACACCGACGCCUACGCCAAGGUGGAGGCAGCUAUCGUCAACGACGCCACUACGCCCCCGCGGCAACUCGUCAGAUCGCGUUUCAUGUCACCGGCAGCGGCGCGCAGCUCGGAAGCCGCGAUGUCGCGGAUCCUGAAGAAGCGCGCGCAGGAGGUGAAGGCACAGCUUCGGGCUGUGCUGGACAGCAGCUGGUCGCUCCUCGAGAAGCAGUGUGGCGGGACGGGCACGGGCGUGACCAACGGGCUCACGUCGUGCAGUUGGGAGAAGGAGAUGAAGGAGUACAUCUUGUCGUUCCCUUGAUAAGCCUCAUUGACCAC